AAAUAUCUUUACAACUUUUGAAGAACAGAACUUUUCAUACAAUAAUCAAAAGUAGAAAAAGAAUGUUCAAAAUUAAAUCAGCUUUGUUGAAGAACACAAAGCAAGAAGAAAUGGGUCGUCUCUUUCAUUCCACUAACAGUAGCAGUUGCAGAGCUCCAUUAGUGUAAAAAUGGUGUGUUAGCUGGCAAAGGUUGCUACACAACAAAACGCCAUUUCCUUAAAAACCGGGUUUUAUGGAGCCGUUGCACUUUCUCUUGUGAAAAUCAAGGGCAAUUCUGUCAUCUCCUCACCUUUUCCAAUAAAUGCAGCUAUUCUCUCUUCUGACACCAGUUUCCUCUGUUUUGUGUAAUGUGAGAUGUUUUUGCUUUGCUUUAGUUCUUAAUUACAAAUUAUUUUCUCUGGUUUUUUUGUCGUACCCAUGAGGAGGAAUGGCCAUUGUAAUUGUUUAAUUGAAUGGUGAAGUAUGAAUGUUUUCUAAUUUCCUCUGUUUUUUUUUGGGGUGAAAUCUACACAUGUUUCGAGGAUCUUCUUGCCCUGUUCUUGUUUUCUUCUGUUAGGUUUUUGGUCGAUCUCCAUUUUUGCUUCAUCGUUGCUGCAUUUUCCUCUGAAUCUCUGCAAAAAUCUUUGUUCUAGAGGAUCUUUGAAGAUGGGUUAUCUUUGUUUUCCGUUGAUGGGUUUGAUUUUGUGAGUUCUCUGUCACUGCUCAUUGGAAAACAAGCUAAUCCUCUGUUUUUUCAUACUCUGAAUGUAGUGAUGUGAAGGUAACUCCGACUUCUGUAGCUCAUUCCAUUUUGUGGGUCUUGUUCCUUUCUCUACGAACACGCUUUCCUCUGGUGGGUUCUUGAUUACGUUGGGGUUUUUCGCGGAAGAGUUUCUUCUGGAAAUCGAGGUGGGAGACCGUUGAUUCCGAAGUGGGUGUUCUGAUAAUCAAAAUUUUAUGGCUCCGACAUCGAUUUCAUGAACUGGGUCGUUGAAAUUUUUGGCAAAAAAUGGGUGGUUCGAACUCCAAAAUCGAGAAUGACGAAGCCCUACGCCUUUGUAAGGAACGAAAGCGAUUCAUCAAACAGGCUAUCGAUUCGAGGUACGCUCUAGCCGCCGCCCAUGUCUGUUACGUUCAGGCCCUAAAAAACGUCGGCGUUUCUCUCCGGCGAUACGCCGAGGCUGAGGUGUUGAUUGAGUCGUCUCUGUCUACGUCGGCCACCGAGCUCGACAAAACGCCGUCGCAUUUCUCUUAUCCAUCGCCGUGCCCAUCGCAGACCGCCGAUGCUUCCGAGUCUCCAUUGCGAGAAAGCCCCGUUACGCCGCCAAUACCCACCAUUAGUUACAUGGUCGCCGGAGGUAGUACCCCUCUUACUGUCAAAGUCCAGCCGAGUAGCCAUAGUUAUGUCUAUGAAGAAUCUGUUGCUUCGCCGUUGCCUCCGCCGCCGCCACCACCGCCUCAUGAUUUGGGAUCUUCUUGGGAUUACUUUGGCACCAAUGAUGAAAUUGAUAGCUUCAGUUUCUUGGCGACUGGUGGGAUGGAUGUGAACAUUGAGAAUGAGAGAAUGUGGAAGCAAUUCAAGGGAGCAAUGACAGAUGCCAAUGAUGAAUCUCAGGAAGGGAUUUCAAAGCCAGAAACAGGGCAAAAAGCUUGUGAAAAUGGUGACCAUUUGAGUUCAUCUGAACCUGUUGAAGAACGAACUUCGGAGAUGGCGAGACGGGACGAUAAAGAGCUUAAUUCGACGAGUUUGUCGUGCGAAGUUCUGCUCGAACAAUCUGGUUCAAGAGGGAUGGUUAAGUUGGAGAAGAGUUUGUGCACUGAACAAGAAGAUCCCUCAGAGUUUAUUACUCAUAGAGCUAAAGAUUUUCUUUCCAGCAUUAAGGAAAUCGAUAAUCGGUUUCAGAGAGCUUCAGAUUCCGGGAGGGAGGUAUCGAGAAUGCUCGAGGUCAAUAAAAUCAGAGUUCGAUACCUCGAAGAAAAUGGAAGUGUAUCUGGUUUUGCCUUUUUCGACCCGUUGCGUCGAUUACGACUCGUUUGCUGUCCUGCAAAGCCUGCCCUUUUAUCUCAUGAGCCACAUAAGAAAAAAGUGAUUACGUGGAAACGAUCGACAUGGUCUCGGUCAUCUUCGUCACGGAGUCCUCUUGCUGCAAAAGAUGAUGUUGAUGACAGUGGAAGCGAAUUUGUAGAGGAGUUCUGUAUGAUCUCUGGAAGCCAUUCGUCUACCUUGGACCGACUUUACGCGUGGGAGAGAAAGCUCUAUGAUGAAGUCAAGGCUAGCGAAUCCAUUCGGAAGGAGUACGAUCGUAAGUGUGAUCAACUUAGAUAUCUAUUUGCGAAGGAUUACAGUACACAAGUCAUCGACAAGACGAGGGCAGUUGUCAAGGAUCUACACUCCCGAAUACGGGUUGCAAUCUAUUCUGUUGAUUCGAUAUCGAAACGUGUCGAGAAAAUGAGAGAUGAAGAGAUGCAACCACAACUCAUUGAACUUGUUCAGGGGUUGAUCAGGAUGUGGAAGUCGAUGCUUGAAUGCCAUCACGCACAGUACAUAACGAUAUCGUUGGCAUAUCACUCGAAGAGUGCAGCCAUGGGUACACCUCGAGCAGACGCGCAGAGGCAGAUAUUAGUCCAACUCCAACAAGAGAUCGAAUGUUUUGGCCUAAGCUUUGCAAACUGGAUCAACAGCCUUGCAUCAUAUGUUGGAGCUUUGAAUGGCUGGCUACAACAUUGCAUUCAACAACCACAGGAACGCUCGAAGAGCAGAAGGCCAUUCUCUCCUCGCCGUGUCGUUGCCCCACCUAUUUUCGUCCUAUGUCGAGAUUGGUUAACAGGAAUCAACAACCUUCCAUCUAAUGAACUUAGCAACGCCAUCAGAGUCUUCUUGGAAGAACUCAACUGUUCGAUAUCCGAACAAGCCGAACUACAGAGGAAACAGAAGCUUGUUAAACCAAACACUGGGAAAGUACCAGAAGGGAACGACAACAACGAUAACAACAGUACUUCCUCUUCAAACUUAAGUUGCAUACAUUCAAGUUUAACGAAAAUUCUGGAUUGGCUAACGAAAUUUUCCGAAGCUUCGCUCAAAAUGUAUGAAGAUGUUAGACAGAAAAGCGAGGCUGCAGGUACAACAUAUUUGAAUUACAAGCCUGUUAGAUAUUAACCAUGUAAUUAUGGGGAAGUACAAAUAUUUCUCAAGUUUGGCUGCAGGUCCUGUUGAUUCCUUGAAAGUCAUUUAGAAACGGCACGUUGGAUCGUGCUCGUUAUUGAAUCUAUGAACAUGUUAACGAAAAUUUAACACCUUAAUUGCAAGUAUUGAGUAAUGAUAAUUCAUUUCUUCC